GUCAAACAUCCAAGCCUUGACACUCUUCUCUCCAGUGGGAUCUAUGGUGCAGUGAUGAGAAGUGAUCCGAUUCCCAGCACCCUUCACAAUUUUAAUUUUUAAACCAUCAGUUCGGUUCUUUUGAAAUAUUGACCGAUGCGUUUUUAAUAUGCCGAGAAAGCCAAGCGUUUAAGUCAUGUGCGUUUCUUCGGUGGAAGCAAGAGGCUAUUUAUUACAUUUUACUGUAAUUGAUCAACAUGGCUACUCAAGACGGCGUCGAUGUGAUAGAAGUAGCAGAAAGUACUUUUAUCAAAACUCGUAAUAUGCGUAUCACUGACGAGGACAGUAGAGAUCAAGAUGAUGAGAGCGACAGUGAAGAUGGAAAACACAGAUUACCACCUCUUGAUAUAUCCACAGCAUCUGGUCAAAAUGGCUCAAGUGGGCCCAAAACUCCAACCUCUAUAUCAAGACACAAAUCUGAAAAAGAGAAAAAAAUUGGACAUCGCCGUGUUGGCCUUGGAGGAGAAAUUACAUACAAAAAGAUUCAAACCACUCAAAUUAUGGGAUCCAUCCAACUGGGUAUUCAGCAUGCAGUUGGUGGUCUUGCCUCCAAACCAGAACGUGAUUUGUUAAUGCAAGAUUUUAUGACUGUUGAAACAACAAACUUCCCACCCACUGGUUCCAACCUCACACCUGCACAUCACUAUAUAGAUUUUAUUUUCAAAACUUAUGCACCAAUUGCCUUUCGACAUUUUCGUGAUCUGUUUGGUAUCCAGCCAGAUGAUUAUUUGAUUUCUAUGUGCAGUGCUCCACUACGCGCACUGUCCAACCCCGGUGCAAGUGGUAGCAUAUUUUAUCUAACUGAAGAUGAUGAAUUUAUCAUCAAAACAGUUCAGCAUAAGGAGGGUGAAUUUCUCCAAAAAUUACUUCCUGGUUAUUACAUGAACCUAAAUCAGAAUCCAAGAACUCUCUUACCAAAAUUUUUUGGUUUGUAUUGUUACCAGUGCAAUGCCAAAAACGUUCGUUUGAUUGCAAUGAACAAUCUACUGCCAUCUGGUGUCAAGCUCCACCAAAAAUAUGAUCUUAAAGGCUCAACGUACAAGAGGAAGGCCAGCAAAUCAGAACGUCAAAAGAAGUCUCCCACUUACAAAGAUUUAGAUUGGAUGGAACAGCACCCUGAAGGCAUAUUUCUUGAAGCUGAUACAUAUAACGCAUUGGUGAAGACUAUUCAGAGAGAUUGUCGGGUUUUAGAGAGUUUCAAAAUCAUGGAUUACUCUCUGCUGUUAGGCAUUCAUAAUUUGGAUUUAGCUGCACGAGAAAAAGCGGAAAAACGUUCUCAGCAGAAUAGCAACUCACGACAGGAUGAUUAUGGAGAUGGUGCAGGAGCUAGUGCUGCAGGCGGCAGUGGGUCUGAUGAUGGAGGUGCUGGUUGUAGUUCUGCAGGUGCAACUGCUCUCAAUCGUUCACGCUCCAUUAACCGUCAAAGACUGGUCGCUCAUUCUACUGCUAUGGAAAGCAUUCAAGCCGAAAGUGAACCUAUUGAUGAAGAAGAGGAUGUUCCUCCUGGAGGAAUACCUGCCCGAAAUUAUGGUGGCGAAAGAUUGCUGCUGUUUAUUGGUAUUAUAGAUAUUCUUCAAAGUUACCGUCUUAAGAAAAAGCUAGAACAUGGUUUUAAGUCAAUACUGACGGAUGGUGACACUGUGUCAGUACACCGACCAAGCUUUUAUGCUCAGAGAUUCUUGGACUUCAUGUCCAAAACAGUGUUUAAAAAGAUACCCUCACUGGACCUGCCUGAAAUUAAAGGCAAUCAUCGCAAAUUCCGAACUCUCGUCACGAGCUAUAUAGCUCUCAAACACUCUCCAUCAAAACGCAAGAGUCUAACGAGGCCCAUGCGCGGACCACUGGAGUCAGAAGACAUGUCUGGCUCACAAUCUGGACCUUCUCCAAGUAAACCUGCGAGUCCUGACGCCCAGCCCACUCCUGCUGCGGCCAAUUCAUCUGACAAGAAACCAACGCCGAAUGCCCACGUUUCCACCCAAAGUCAGAAAGGUGGCGGUGCUGCUCCACCGUCGUAUCCAGCCGUUCUGAAGGGGGCCCGUCAAAGGCCCCCUCCAGGCCAACGGGGGGCCCCACCACCUGUACCACCCCGCGGGUCACCCCGUGCACCGAACAAGGGCGUAGGCGGUGACGGCAGUUCAAGAGGUGGCUUGAGUUUCCCUCCCUGCUCUACUCCUCCCCCGGCAUUUGAAGAUGCAAUUCGAGGCGACUACGUUGUGGAUGCCAACAACAGUACCAAUACACCCUUGCGCCACAGGACUAGUGGAGUUCAUUCUCGUCAUGCCUAUCGUGAAGAAGCAGUGAGCAUAUCUGAGAUAAGAUUAGAAUCACGGCCAGACAACAAAUCAACCUUGAGUGUAGAGUCUGGAAGCUCAACGUCAGGAUUUGGAUCAAGUGGAGCAAGAGGUCAUUUGACAUGGACUCCUCCAGCUUCUGUUGAGGGAUCAACACCUACAUGGACAGAGGGUACACCUAGUUUUACAGAGUCAUCGAGCAGUGGUGAUAUUGGCUGUCCUACAACUCCUGUUCGAAGUUCGGUUAGGGGUGAAAGAGCUGCAGCUAGAGCAGCUAUUGCUGCAGCAGCCCAAGAACGUCUUGCCAACCAACAAGAAAGUGAAGUGGUUGCUUCUCAUGGAGGAAAGCAGCGUUGAAGUCCAACCUAAACCAUUUCCUUUACCAACCACAAUUAUGAUUCGUCAGCAAUAACUAUGGUGCUGAUCUGCGUAUUUUAGUGUAAACAGUGUUAUUACAUAGAUAGGGCUUACAGAUCUGUUGAUUCAUAGAUGUUCUGUUUGGAAAUGUUCCUCCAUUUCCUUUUGAAUCAGCUUGUCACACUCUCAUAUCACACACUUUAUGAAUGGUUCAUUCAUAAAAUAUGUAAAACAUUGUUUAAACAUAGUAUGUGAUUGUUUGAAGUCAGAAAGCAUGCCAUGAGGCAUUUUCUUCUAUUGACAGGAUGUUAACCUGUCACUUUGUUCUUAUUUGUGACUCUGGUUUUGUUUUUGUUUUUGUGGUGCAUUUUGUUGCGUGAUUUUGUUGUUAGGAGAUGACUUAUUAGCUGUAGAUUUAAUACUGCCAAUUUUACCAAAAAUUGCCUUUUGGAAAGGAUGAUACGUAUCAUUAUGUAUACACUUUUUAACAGGGAUCAUCAAGAUGGCACCACAUUUUUAACUUACCUUGAUAUUAAUGUAUUAUGUUUUGAAUGUUAUUUGAAUGCCUAUGAAAUUGCUUCUUAUUUAGAGAAUUCAUUGAAGUGAAGAGUAUAGAGGACUCUUGGAUAACGCUUGUAAGUAGGAUGUCAAUGUUGACUUUCUUUGAUUAAUGCUUCCUUGUGGAUGAGGGUCCACCCCGUAUGAGUUUAUGCCCUAAUGCUCCCCAUAUGCUGAUGAAUUGUCUGAACUGUUACAAAUUUACUUUUAUUUCUGACUGAAGUACUCAAUGUAUAAUACAACUAUGUUCCUGUAGCAACAAACCUCAUUCACCAGUUCUUACCUGACACUUAUUUUUAUCAUAUCUCAUUUUCAUUAACAAAGUGGUUUUUAAAACAAUACUCUGUGCGUUUGCAUUAGAAUGGAUUAACUGUACUUAUGUCAAAAAAAAUAUUUUCUGCAUCUGAAUGUGAACAUUCAGCCUUUUGUUAUCUCUUUCUGAAUAUUUGAUCCGUCAUCUAGUGUAUUUUGUGAUCAUUUUACAAUUUUAUUUUACUGUACUUAUCAAACUAACUGAAUUUAAAAUUACAAAAUUUCAACUGCAUUAAAUGAGUAUAUUUGUGUAGUUGUCUUUGAGCUGUUCUGUUUUCGAUUAUAUUGUUACAUUGGAAAUCUGUACUCUUCUUGCUAAACUGACGAUAGCUGAGAAAAUCUGUUCUGUAAUUGAACAGAACAGACGAAUUGUUGUUCUCCUGUGGUGUUUCCUCAUUAAAUGUUCAGUGCCAAAUAACUCUUGCAUGCAAGAAGAAAUGACCGAUCGUGUCCAUACCAGCUCUUAAUGUCUUUUGUCACCUCUCUUUGAUUUUUUAAAAAUAUCGUAAUUCUGAUCAAUAGCUUAACCUCAGUGCUUUUGUCCACUUUGUGUGCACGCCAUGCGUAAUUAGUUAUUUAGAAUAAAGGGUAAAAACAGUGUCAAUGUGUGAAAAACAGGGCUUUAACUUAACUCAGCUAGAUGAGCUUUAUGGCUGAUUCCUUUGUUAAACGUCCCAUUAGCUUUUAGCAAACUGAAAUGGUUUACUGUAUCUUUAUCUCACCUCUGACAUCUUUUCCUAAAGUAAUGCUAUUAACUGCUGACAAUAAAUGUUUGAAGUAAGUUAUCUGUGGUCAAUUUGGUGAGAAAGUUAGGUUAAAUAGUUAUUUCAAAAUUACAAUUUUGAAAGAAUUUGAUUUUGAACUCUCUUUUUGUCACAUAUGUGUUCUAUCCCCAAAUCUCCUUUUGAUCAUUGCUUUUAAAAAUGUAUUUUCGGUAAAGUUUCUUUCCAGAUUUUAUUUAUUUUUCUUAAAUUUCUUAUAAGCGGAUGGCAUGUACAUGUAAGCAUCAGUUACCAAAAUUUUUAUUGUUAUGGAAAUCAUUGUUUGGAGUUUGUGUCAAAUACGUGUGACUGAUCCACAAUUGCACUUAACAGUUUGCACUACAAUAGUUUGGCAGUCUUUGUUGAACUUGCCCUUGAUUUCCUCCAAACUAAGCAGGUGAGGAAUAUGUCAAUACUCUCAAUUUAGCACCAUUGUGUCAGUUGGUAUAAUUCAUUGUAGGUAUGGGUUUUAUCUUCUCUCAUGAGUAUCCAGUAAUAUUGCUGCUUGAAGGUUCUAAUUUUAUGGCUUUUACCUUGUCAAUCAGUAUUACAAACUUUGCCUACGUGUUACUGAGUUCCUGAGACUUUAUUACUUUCACUAUCUUAUUUUCCUAUGUUUUGCUGGGUAAUGAAUGAAGAAGAUUAUCAUGGUUUGAAGGAGCAGCUUAUUACAUGAAUGUCUUCAUGUAUUAUUUUAGUUCUUUUUUAUAAGGUUUAAUUUUGAAUUGUCUAACUUCUUAUUUUGCAAUUUGUUUUAAGUGUAGCAACCAGCAAAUAAUCUAUGAUAUUUUGUAGAGAAUCAUUCCUUUAAUUUCAUUUAGCUGUUGUAGAAAACAUGCCAUUGAUCCUGAGGGCAGUGUUUAUGGCUGUGAUGAACUUUGUUAUCUCAUAAAUCAACUUUCAUCAUUAUGUAAUGUUGCAAUAAAUCCGUCAUUACAUUGAUCUAGAAACCUAGAACUUAGUGAAACUGUUGCGGUGCCCUUGUAAAUUUGUUUUUGUUUUUGAGUUUAAUUUUUAUGAUUACAAUUGUUCUGAGGCUGUAAUUCAUUCAUUGUAUUGGUCCAAUUAGUUGCAGAUUUCUUAGUUCUUGUUUUCAUUUAUGUUUGAAUGAAAAAUAUUUUAUGUAGGUACGUAAAUAUUUACUUUAUUUGUUAUACCUAAUUCAAACUGCUCACAUCUUAGUUUCGCCUGAUCAUAGCAAUUUUAUGUUGUGUGCUUAUGAGAAUUGUGGGACAAUGAUCUGAAGUUAAACAGGGUUGCUAUUGUGUACUGAUGUGAUUUCUAUCAGAAUAGGUUCAAUUGUUUUGUUGUCUCAUUCUUGUAGCUCCUUACUCUGUGAUUUUUAUGUUCUGUCUCAAUACUGUCAUCACAUUUCACGAUCCAUCGUAAGCUAGUAAGAGAAUGUAAGGUUUCAUUAGAAGCAAUCGAAUAUUGCUGAUUGUUGCUGUUAAAUAUUAAACAUUCCUUCUGCUGUAAAUUUCUUUGCUUUUCUUGCCGUCUUUAAAAUAAUUUGGUUUCAUACAUUAUCAUACAUUGCUGAAACAAACUUAUCUAAUUUAUUGCAGAAGUCCUCUAUUUUCUGUGUAUCUUAGAUUUGAUAUGUGUGUAUUGGAAACUUAGACUUUUCAUUGUAUGGUCCUGGGGUUUUCUUGUUUUUGGUCCCUUUCAGUUGUGAGCUCAAAUUUAUUGCCUUAAAUGCUUUUAUUGCCAAAUAUUCUUUAAGCUUACACUUAGGUAACAAGUAAUUGAUGAGUUAAUUGAGAAUCAUCUCUUGUCAGCUGGUCAUUGCUUAGAUAUUGUGUGACCCUCUCUUUGUCGAGCAUUUUCGUGUUAAGUUUAUCAAGACAAAGCAAAUGGCUGACAAAAGAUCUUUUUUCUGAUAUUAUCCAAAUUUUCAUGUUGAACUAAACAGUCAACAAAGCUGAAGUUGCUAGUUAACCAAACUGCUGUGACAAAAGAAUAUUCUAAGAUGGAUGGGAGUUAGUUGUUAGCUGGUUUGAAGAAAUAAUUGUUUAACUAUCGGUAAGAGGCUGUAUGUUAUUGUCAUAAAUCUAAUCUGAGAUUUGUAUUCUGCUUUUGUUUCUCUAAAAGCAAUAUGGUGGUUGGUGUGUUGUAGUUGGCAUGCUACCUUGCCUAAUGAAAAUUGUUGUUCAUUCAAGUGCUCACUCGCAUUUAAGCAAAAAUUUUGAAUCUCUUGCUAUGUAUACAUGGUUGUUGUCAGUUAAUCGAUAGACAUUAACAUUUAGGGUAAAUCUCCAGCUGAACCCUUAAUUAAAAAAGGUAGGGUGGUAUGUUUGAAUGCUCAGGUAGAUCUUGACGCAACUACCUAUUAUCUGUUCAUGUAAUGUAACUUUUACUCUUGUGGCACUCUAGAGGCCUGUACUGUGCGUGAAUGUAUGGCGCUAGUUCAGUCAAGAUAAUCAGAUUUGUUGUUUAUUAUUUCAUAUAUUUCUUAUAUUAUUUUUGGGGAAGAUUGUAUUAUAUUGAAGAGAAAAAUAAUACUAUCCCUUAGUGUAGCUAAUUUUCCAAUGUCAUAUUACCCACAUGUCAAAUGAAGUACAUUAAAGUACAUUUGCAAAUUUGCUGUAAAUAUUGAAUGUUGCAUAUUUAUUGGAGGUAUAGAAAGAAAUUAUGAUGUGAUUUAAUGCAGUACUUAUAUCCCUGCCCUUCUAGCUUCAAAUGGCCUUCCGCAAAUUUCUAAGAACUUUUAUAAUUUUGUGAACAGUAGCACAGAUUUUUGUUUUUUACUUUAAAUUAAGGAAAGUUGUGGGUGGUUUGCUACAAAAGUUGUGGGCAGAUAAUUUUAAUUGCCAUGCUGAGCAAGUGCGCCUUAUUUAUGUAAACGUGAACCUUGAAAAAUCAGUUCAGGGUCCUAGAUUCUGUGGGCGUGGGUUGUAUGGACAUAGAUUUGCUCAUUCCCAGUUUGCAACAGAGAUACUCAAGAGAUGUAAAAUUUCAAAUUUAUAGCCUCAUUAAAAUUCCCAACGAAUGCCUGACUUCGUCUGGAAUUAUACCUUUUGAUUGAUCUUGUUUCCGUAUGUGGGUUCUCACAUGGUAAUUGAAAUAAACCUUGAACAUUUCGAUUGACAUCACACUAUUGGUUUUCAAGUUUUGUGAUUGAAAAGUAGUCAGAAGUGGCAGCUGCAUAUCAGGACUCUAUGGAAUUUCUUAAUUGUUUUGCAUUCGGUUUUAAUGCAGUAAUUUAUGUACAUAAUUAUUCAUGGAAAAUCAUCUAUGUAUUUAUGAUGGACAUUUUAACCAAAUGUAGCAUUUAAAGAUGACUGAAAUUUAGCUCUGUUCCUUUUUAUUGUUAAGAUUUGUGUUAAUAAGGCUUUGAAAUGUUAUAAACAUUUGUUGUUAUUUUACAAUGUUCAUGGAAUGCAAUUAUUGAAUUAAAUAGAUACACAUGCAAA